UGAACGAAGAACUGCCGAUGGAGAAAACAACAGCUAGCAAGCGGAGCUAAAUUUUUUAGCAACUAUUUAUAGUAAAACAGCGCUGGAUUUGAUCACAACCCACCAGACUUAGUCUUCUAUUAACCCCAUGGCGAUGAGAGAGGCAAUGGUCCAUGAAGAGUUUUGGAUACACAGAGAGUGGCUCGUCCACCAGGGUCAUCAUCAAGCACUGGAGCACAGAUAACACCUCCAAACUGAUAAACCAUGAUCCCCAUCACUGAGCUGCGGUACUUUGUGGACACACAGCCAGCAUACCGCAUCCUGAAGCCAUGGUGGGAUGUGUUCACCGACUACAUCUCCAUUGUUAUGCUUAUGAUUUCUGUGUUCGGGGGGACACUGCAGGUCACUCAGGACAAGAUGAUCUGCCUGCCCUGCAAAUGGGUGGUCAAUGAGACCUGCAAAAAGAACUUCAACGCCACCCUCUCGGCAUCACUGUUCUUGGAACCCAAAGGAAUCCAGUAUGAUCUGGACCGCCACCAGUACAACUAUGUAGAUGCUGUGUGCUACGAGAAUAGAUUGCACUGGUUUGCCAAGUAUUUUCCUUAUCUAGUAUUACUUCAUACCCUAAUUUUCCUAGCUUGCAGCAAUUUUUGGUUUAAGUUCCCACGGACUAGUUCCAAACUAGAGCACUUUGUGUCCAUCUUGCUGAAAUGCUUUGACUCCCCAUGGACAACUAGGGCACUGUCCGAGACGGUGGUCGAAGAGAGUGACCCAAAACCAAUGAAAAUGAACGGCUCAAUGGACCACAAGGAGUCUGUAAUCAGCGAGGAUGUUGAAGCAAGUGUCCCUAUGCUCCAAAGGACAAAGACACGCUUUGAGCAGGGCAUUGUGGAUAGAACAGAAACAGGAGUUUUGGACAAGAAAGAGGGUGAACAGGCAAAAGCCCUAUUUGAAAAAGUCAAAAAGUUUCGCAUACACGUUGAGGAAGGAGACAUUGUGUACAGAUUGUAUAUCCGUCAGACUAUCAUCAAAGUCAUCAAGUUUAUUUUGAUAAUCUGCUACACUGGGUAUUAUGUGCAUGAUAUCAAAUUCAGCGUUGACUGUUCGGUUAAUAUAGAAAGCCUGACAGGUUACAGCGUGUACCGUUGUGCUCACCCGUUGGCUACCCUUUUUAAAAUCUUAGCCUGUUUCUACAUUAGCUUAGUGGUGGUGUAUGGUUUGAUCUGCAUGUACACACUUUGCUGGAUGCUUCGGCGCUCUCUGAAGAAGUACUCCUUUGAGUCGAUUCGGGAAGAGAGCAGCUACAGCGACAUACCCGAUGUGAAGAAUGACUUUGCAUUCAUGAUGCACAUGAUCGAUCAGUAUGACCCUCUGUACUCUAAACGCUUUGCUGUGUUCCUCUCAGAAGUGAGCGAAAAUAAGCUGAGGCAGCUCAACCUCAACAAUGAGUGGACGCUGGACAAGCUCAGGCAGAGGAUUACUAAGAACUCUCAGGAGAAGUUGGAGUUGCACCUUUUCAUGCUGAGCGGUAUUCCAGACACAGUGUUUGACCUGAUGGAGCUGGAGGUUCUUAAACUGGAGCUGAUCCCCGACGUCACAAUCCCGCCGAUCAUCGCCCAGCUCGUCAACCUGCGAGAGAUGUGGCUUUACCACACACCAGCCAAAAUUGAAGCUCCUGCAUUGGCUUUUUUGCGUGAGAACUUGAAGUCUCUGCACAUCAAGUUCACCGACAUCAAGGAGAUUCCCUUAUGGAUUUACAGUCUGAAAAAUCUUAGCGAGCUUCAUCUUACAGGGAAUCUCAGCGCAGAGAACAACCGUUACAUUGUCAUCGAUGGGCUCCGGGAGCUCAAGAGGCUCAAAGUUCUUCGCCUGAAGAGCAAUCUCACCAAGCUACCUCAGGUGGUGACUGAUGUGGGCAUGCACCUCCAGAAGCUUUCCAUCAAUAACGAAGGCACCAAGCUGAUGGUGCUCAACAGCCUGAAGAAGAUGGUGAACCUGACGGAACUGGAGCUCAUUCGCUGUGAUCUCGAACGCAUACCGCACUCGAUCUUUAGCUUGCACAACCUGCAGGAGAUUGAUCUGAAGGACAACAACCUGAAGACCAUCGAGGAGAUCAUCAGCUUCCAGCACCUUCAUCGGCUUGUCUGCCUUAAGCUCUGGUACAACCAGAUUGCCUAUAUUCCCAUCCAGAUUGGCACGCUGACCAACCUGGAGAAACUGUACCUGAACCGAAACAAGAUCGAGAAGAUCCCCAGCCAGCUGUUUUAUUGCCGAAAGCUGCGCUUCCUGGACCUGAGCCAUAACAACCUAACGUAUAUCCCUACAGACAUCGGCUUCCUCCAGAACCUUCAGUAUCUGGCAGUCACAGCCAACAGGAUCGAGAGCCUGCCCAAUGAGCUGUUCCAGUGCAAGAAGCUUCGCACUUUGAACUUGGGGAACAACUGUCUGCAGUCUCUGCCAUCGCGGUUUGGAGAGCUGACCGGGCUCACACAGCUAGAGCUGAGAGGAAACCGUCUGGAGGGUCUGCCAGUGGAGCUGGGCGAGUGCCGACAGCUAAAGAGAACCGGCCUUGUGGUGGAGGAGGACCUCUUCAACACCCUGCCCACAGAGGUUAAGGAACAGUUGUGGAAAAUUGACAAAGAACAGGCUUGAACAGGUCUGUGGCUGUGAGUGAGAACAGAUACUGAGCAACUGGGCGCUAUCACAGAGGAGGAACGCCUCAGCUGUCCCAGAGGGCUUCUUGAAGCAGGCGGUAGUCCUGCUGCAGUGUACUGCCAGUAAGGUUGGGUAUCGAGAACCAGUGCCAGUUAGGCAGAACAAAAAUACUCAUAGCUUCUGGGUGUUCUUUAAAUUCUUAAAUGUGCAGUUGAUUUUACCUCCUUUACAAACAACUUCUCAGGCCUUUGCAUUCUAACCACGUAAUGACGCUUGGAGCAAUAAUGUAGCAGUGCCAGUGUGAUGAGCAGCGUGUGCUUACAUGUUAUGCUCCUCAGUAACGGUGAAGUUUAAGUAUGCAAAACUGUGGGCCAACUUACACAGAAAAACAAACGUUUCCGCUGUUCACAAUUAUAAUAAGAUUCAUGUCCAGUCAGGAUAGAAUACAUUAUUAAAUCAAUCUGUCCAGUAUUGAUAGUUUUACAAAUGAGAUGGCGAGGCGAUCUCUCAGACAUAUGCUUCUUAAUUAUGUGUAUGGACUGUCAAAUCCCAAACUCCCAAUCCUAUCAUAACAUGCAAAGUAAUUAAUUGUGAGGCCAUGCAAGGCAAGACGCUUUAACUCUGUCUUUUUCAUUCUUUUUUAUGAGGAAAAACAAUGCAUAUGUUCACUAGUAUUUGAUAAAAUCUUAUUAAAUUAUGAAAUGUUUUUUUGUUAAUAUUUCUAUAUAGAAAGAGUUCCCAUGAUCAUGAAUUUCUAAAAAAUUAUGAAUGAAGAAAAAACUUUUUUCCAGGCCUGGCAAUUGUUUAUUAUUAACAGAAUGUUUUAAAUUUACAUUUUUCUGGCUAUUGUUCAAAAUAUGUUCAUAAAAAUCCUAAAACAAGCCUAACAUUUCGCUAAAUGCGUAUUACUAGUUUAAAAUUUAGUGCUGCACUGCUUGACCAUUGAAAUGUUGCUAGUAUGAGGUGAUACACAUUGGCAUAUGCAGCAUAAAUGUAGAUAUCAGCAGUUUGUUUAUUCGCAAAUGCCUCAAAGUACGUGAUUAAUAAUGCAAAGCUUUCCAAUGCCAAUAUUUCCAAUGCACUGGAUGGAGGCUCUGCAUCAAAAUGUCAAAGUGUGUUAACCUCUCAACAUUUGUGCCCUGCUUCAAGUAACCUGUCCAGGCAAAGUAUUAAAACUACUUAAAUAAAGUCAUGAAAAUACAGUAAUAUGACAAAAUUAUGAAUACAUCUUUGAAAAUGUAUUGAAAAUUUGAGGGACAUGGAUGAUGACACCAAUAUCAAGCAAAUAACAAAAUCAAGUCAGCCUAAAUUGUAACUGUGUUGGUCAUUCUUUUUCUGCCAUUCAAAAACCUUAAUUAGAGCGCAGUUCGAAAUUAAUCAGAAAAUCAAGAACAUAUGACAUAAAAUCAUAGGGAUAACUAAUGAUAGGCCAUGUCAGGAAAGGUUAUGGAGAUCUUUGUGUCUGAGAGGGUGUUGCAUAAGGUGAAAGACAGAGGGUCGAUAAGGAGACUGAGCGCACGUGCUGCGGAGACUGGCGAGUUGUCUUCGGUUGGCCGGCACAUGUGCUGUUAGACUGGCGAGUGCAGUCGUAACAGAGCCAGUUUGGCAGAGCGGAGAUUGAUGAAGAUGAUGAGAUUGAUGGCCUCUUUUCUCAGCAAAGAUGAGUAGCGUUUUUGACCUAGUGCUUGAGGGAAAGCAGCUAUUCAAUUGAAUGCUACCCAGUCGAGUAGUAUUUCAUACCCAACCCUUCCUGCCAGUAUGCUGCGCAGCGGGACGAGCAAAUUCUGCUUCAUGGUCAUGCUGCAUCCACAUUUGGAAUGAAUUGCACAAAACAAAAUGAACAAAUCUGGGGAAAAUGCUUAAAAAGUUUUGAAUGAGAUGAGUCAUGUCUGCAUCAAAAGAAUUCAGAUGACGUUUAUACAGGAUAACGUAAUAUUGACAUUGAAAUGGAGCCUCUGAAUAUUAGUAAUAUGUCUGAAAAGAGCGUGGACGCUUCCCUGAGACACGAGAAAGCGCUGGUCACAUUUAUGGUGAUAAUUGGGUGUUAUCGGCUGCAAAUAACAAGUGAAAGAACCAGACAUGUCCUCGAAUAUGUUUUCUACACUCCUGGCCUUGUGGUCAUUUCGGUUUAUUAUUAUAAAAUUGUGAGAUUAUCUUUAUGUUUCUACCUUGGUAGGAUUGUUAUUUUGUUCUUUUAAUCCUGCUGAUCUGCAUUAGUCAAAAUACGGUGCAAUAUCCAGUGUAGAUGUUCACCUGUGUUUGAGUUUAUAUCCACCUUUAAUCUAAAACGAUUUAAUAUUCUAUAUUGGGUUAAUUAAAGUGAGAUUAAUACGGAAUUAAAUCUGAGUUUUCUUAUAUGAAAGAACAAUGCAAUAAGGUCGAAAAUGGUCAUUUCUGAAACUUUGUCGUGAUGGAAUUCGAAAUUUAAGCUUUUAUUUGAAAAAGCUGAAAGCUUUUAAAAAACAAGCUACAUUUUUAUUAAAUGUAAAGACAAAUUGUAACUCCAACAAACUCAUUUGACAUUGGCAAGAAAGAUUAGGAGAUGUUUUUGAAAAUAGCCAUGGAUUUCAGGUCAGUUGCCUUAACUUUAAUUCAGACCUUCUGUGUUAUGUAGUGUUUGUUAUUUUUGUUGUGGCAUCUGCAGAAAAAAAAAGAGUGACCGUGACCAUGUUUCGAUGCAGAUAAUUGUCUUUAGAGCUGCACCAGACGACCCAGCUCCACAUGAGAAUGGGAGCAAUGGGACAGUUUUGCUGUUGGUUUUAUAUUUUGCUCAAAUGUUUCAUGUCAUCACUUCCUGUGGACUUUAAACAAGUGACCACACUUGACACCAGUAAUCAAUCUGGUUAAAUAAAAGUGGUCUAGAAUUUUAAUAGUUUGGUUUAGAUUUUUAUUUUAUUAAUUGUUGAAGUGGCGAUCAUUUGGGGAAUGAAAGUUGUUGUUUUCUGGGGUUUUUUUAUUAUUAUUGUGUGAUGGAUUUUUUUGGUGCCAGAUACACUCACCUCUCAUGGAAACCCAUUCCUACCAGAAAAAUAAAGACGGAAAGCGAGUAAAGCUGAACCAGAAACAAAUUCCUUUUUUUUCCUUUUUAAUGACAUCUCAAAGUUUAAAUCACAAAGUGGUGUCUUACAAUAGCAUUUUACUCAAUUUGAACUUUUACUUGUCUACACCUACUGGAAAGUAAACAUUUUGUCUGAGUUUCUCAUAUUUUAUUGAUUUACUUCAUUCAUAAAUGUGGGGGUGUUUGUUUUUAUCAAUCUUAAUUACUCAUCAGGGUUUUUUUCUUGUCAGUUCAUGUUAUAUAAUUGUGGAAAUUAAUUUCUCUGAUUUCAAAAUGUGUUCAUUUGUAGAAAAAUGUUUAAUACGUUUUGCCUGAGACUGACUUUUCUGCACUUGUGUUUUGCCACAAUAAGCAGCACCUUGCUAAAAAAAUAAGGAAUUCAAAAUCAAUGCACAGUUCUGACACAGCACAACACUCAAUAGGGGCUCUCGUGAGAUUUAAAAAAAAAUGAUCAGUUUAUGUUUUAAUAAACCUCACUGCAAAGAAAACUUGGACAGUAGCAAUAUACAGUACCGUAACUGGGUUGGAAAGCAUAGGAAUAGUUCAAGCUAUGUACAUUUAUUUCAGUAACCUGUUUAACUAUGCUAUAUUGUGCAAUAUCGCCUUUAUUUAAACUAUGUAAAGUUCAGUAGUGAUGUAGUUUUCUUACGUGCAUGGGCAUUCUUUUUGUCACAUUCAUUUUACUAAGGUGAUGGUGAGAGGUUAAGUAGAUUAGAGGAGUUUCGGUCCCAGAGAAUGCUUUUGCACUAUCGCACCUCUCCCACAAGUUACAUUGAGAUGAAUGCAAAUAACGGUAUACGACACAUGUUUUGUGAGUGUUUUGUGUGGGGAGAUUUGAUUGAGUGACUGCCAGCCAUGAGAUUAAAGUUGUCUUUGAUUGGUAUUUAAUUUUUUUUUCUUUUGUGUUUAGACGUACUCAUAGAAAAACAAGUGAUUUACCUUUUAAGUCCCACCUGGAGCGUUAAAAUGACAUCCAGAACACCUCAGCAAUACACCACAGAUUCAGACAAUCAAUUCUUUGAAUUAAGACUGACAGCAGAGAAGCGUAUGUCAAAUUAUGUGUUUCAGUGAGCGCUGCAAGUAAAUGGUCAGUAUAUUAAAAAUGCAAUGUGUAGGUUGUUAGUAAAGUGGUAUCGGUAAAUAGAUUAGCUUUUUAUGUCAUAGCUAUUAAUUGUUUUGCUCUGUGUUUUCCCUUCUUAUUUUCUUAAAAAAAAUUCACUGACUUUAUUUUUUCAUUUUGACAGCUAUUAGUAUCAUUACACUCUAACUAAAUUUCUCAGGAAACCAGCUAGUACUCACUUCUUUUUUUGAGUUGAUUGCCUGUUAUUUUUUGUAUUACACCUGGUAUUUUUAUUAAUUUAAACUUUAAAUUGUUUUAUACAGUUACAGUUUUAUAUGCAUUUCUAUACAUUCUUUUCUAGUUUGGUGUAUUUAAUAUUGACUGCUGGCUGAAAACAAAAUGUGUUUGUGUUUUUAAAGAAAUCACUUGGUUUUAACAUUCUGUGUUUUCCUCAGUGAUCAUGUACAAAUUGAGCUGUAUUGCUUCAGGAUUAUCGUGUCCUCAUUGUAAUUAGCGCAGAUGAAGUGUGUGAGAGUGUUUAUUAGUAUGUUUGUUGGCAUGAUGAGAGUUUCUCACCCCCAUGAUGUUCAUUGUUCUUUUUCCUCUUAAAAUCAUGAUUUUUGGGUACAAAUCGUUUUUUCCCAAUGUUUCCCUACUCAGAUCCAUUCAGAGAUCAUGUAAAAAUUUGGCUUCAUGCUGUGUUGGGUUGCCAAAAGUUUUUUUUUUUUUUUCAUUAAUAAGAAUAUCACCAGUAUUGACAUGAAUGACGUGACAGUGAGUAUUCUGUUUGAACAUGUGUCCCAUCUUCUCCUGCACACCAUCCACUAGAGGUAAAAUAAAAUAAAAUAAACUUGGUUGACCAA